ACACUUUUGUGGAAAGGGGGGAGCUCCUCUGCAACUUCACCUUCCUAGUUCUUUCAGUUUGUCUCUUAACACCAUUACUUUUUAGCUUAGAUAUCGUUUUAGAGUCUCGGCAACAAUGGCUAAACCUAGAAACCAAAGAAAACCCAACAAGGAAAUGCACCAAAAUGAGAAAAACCCUCCUGAAAAAUCAGGGAAACCAGCUUCUUGGGCAGUUGUAAGAGGCCUUUUCACCUGUAAACAUCUCCAAGCACAACAGCAGCGGCAGCAGCAAAAGCAACCGGAGCAACAACAGCCGCGAGAGAAAAAGCUAAAGCAAAAACAAAUGCAACAGACAGAACAAACCAUUGAGGAAGCCAACAAAAAGAGCAAGAAAAUGAAGUGUUCAGGCUCAUUAUGCAGCAACACAAAGGUGAUGCAUAGGCCUGAAAUUGCAGCUUCCCCAGAAGUCCAAAAGAAAAGGGCUUCAAUGGGUGGUUCAAGUAGUUGUUACAAUGAAGCCUCAAGCAAAUCCAUGAAAGCUCCUUUGAAAGAGCUCAAUGGGGUUGUUUCCUCUACCAAUUCUUCACUUUCUGUACCUUCUAAAAUCUCCUCCUCCUUCAAUGGUGGAUCUUCAAAAGGAAUGCCAUUUAGGAGAUUCUCUGGCUGUUAUGAGUGUAGAAUGGUGGUUGAUCCCGUCCUUGGUUUCACCAGAGAUCCUUCUCUGAGAGCUAGCAUUUGUUCUUGUCCUGAAUGUGGUGAGAUUUUCAUGAAAGCUGAACAUUUGGAGCUUCAUCGAGCUGUCAAACAUGCUGUAUCUGAACUGGGUCCAGAAGACACCAGCAAGAACAUAGUGGAAAUCAUAUUCCAGUCAAGUUGGCUAAAGAAACAAGCACCCAUCUGCAAGAUUGACCGAAUCCUCAAAGUUCACAACACUCAAAGAACCAUUGCCAAAUUUGAAGAAUACAGAGACUCAAUCAAAGCCAAGGCCACCAAGCUCCCAAAGAAGCACCCUCGAUGCAUAGCAGAUGGCAAUGAGCUCCUCAGGUUCCACUGCACCACCUUUGCCUGUUCACUAGGCCUAAACGGCUCAUCCAACUUGUGCAACUCAGUUCCUCAAUGUAAUGUAUGCAGCAUUAUCAAAAACGGCUUCAAAGUUUCCCAAGAGCCCACUAAAGAUGCCCCUAAAAAUGGCAUAUUGACAACUGCAACAAGUGGAAAAGCGCAUGAUGAAGCUGGAUUUGAAGAUGGAAGUGACACUAGAGCUAUGCUUGUUUGCAGGGUGAUUGCAGGAAGAGUUAAGAAGGGAAUUGAAGGUAACAUGGAAGACUAUGACUCAGUGGCUGGUGCUAUGGGAAUGUACUCCAAUUUAGAUGAGCUUUAUGUGUUUAACCCAAAGGCCAUCUUGCCUUGUUUCGUUGUUAUCUACAGAGGGUUUUGAUUUUAAUUGAGUUGAAGUUUAAUAACAUUUCAUAAACCUUAUAAAACUUCUUGUUUUUAUUCUGGUUGUUUGAUUUGGGAAGUAAAUAAUAAAUUUUUCUGGAUCAUGUUGGGAGAAAU